AUGCCUCAGCCCCGACUGGAGCUGCACUGCACAGACUGGCACACUGACACGAUGGUGCGCAGAGACACGGGACACACGAACCACCCACAGGAGGGACAACAGGACACUCCACAACACUACUUUGACACGCAGUUAUCGGCGCUGGGGCAGGUGAAGACAGGGGCGUUUCAUGUGCCUGUUAACUCUCCUCCCUCUCAUCACCGCGUCGCUUCAAAGACGCUCAAUCUGCCGCCGCCGCCGCGCACUAACCGGACUCCUACUGGCACGACUUAA